CUUCAUCUUUUGUGUUUAAUAUUGAGUUGUGUUUCUUCAUUUAAUCUUGCCUCUUGCUCGAAUUUAUUUCUUUUCUGUGCGAUUUGGCGUCUUCCGAUGUAUAUAUAUGUGUUCGUUUUUGAGCUUCAUUUUUUGAUUUUGGGGCUUUUUGCUUCUUUAAGGGAUUUGUAAUUUUGAGCCCCUUAGUUAUUUGGGGCUAGUGGCUUUAGGUUUAAGCCGCCCUAUGUGGUAACCUUUUCCUUUUGGUUAGGCAAUAUUGCAAGUUCUCGAGAGAAAGAUAGUUUGAAUGUCAGGUCUGGGGCGGGAGUUGGGUCAGGUCUCAGAGUUGGAUUUCAGAUUGAUUAGUAUGAAUGUCAGGUCUCGGGCGGGAGUUGGGUCAGGUCUCAGGGUCGGAUUUCAGAUUGAUCGUCGGGGUCUUGUCUCUAUUCGGGUGUCGGCUUGGGUCUCGAAUCGGGAGCUAGAGUCAAGUCCCGGAAUGAAUGUCUGGGUCAAUGUCGGGUCCCGUCCUGAUUCGGGUGUCGUGGUCGGGUCCCGAAGUGGUUAUUGUGUGUGAUUUUCAUGUCUUAAACUAUUUUUACUAAAAGAUAUUUUCUGAAAAAUAUUUUAAAUUCACCAGCCAAACAUUAUAUUUUCCGCUCAACAACCAAACAUGAAAAAAUAAGUUACUUGUUUUUCAAGAAAACAUUUUCCUUCCUACCAAACACACCCCAAAUGUAUGGUUGCGACUUGUGGGAACUAUUUUCUCCCUGAUGUCUAAAACCGGUUAGGUAUGACGCUGCAGGGCAAGGAUUAUGAAAUGGUUGAUUAUUUGAGUUUUUCUAAUUAAUGUAUUUCCUUAUAAAAAAAAGAUUAGUUCUUGCAAGAAUUUUGGUGGUAAAGUUUGCUAACUAGUUUGAUUAAGCUUAAAAGCUAUAUGAAUCCGUCAAUGUUUAAUAAUGCUUCUUUGGCUUGAUGUUUCUUUCUUUCUGCAAGAAAAUUCCAGCUAUUUAAGACCUGAAUUUUGUUAAUAUGCUUAUGUUCUGGUGGUAUCAUGAUGCAUGUACUAAGAAUAAAGAAUUACAUAGAAUGGGGUCUCAUUUGAACAGCAUUUGUCAUUAACCUUGUUUUCUUUGGAUUAGAAAACAAGAUGGGGGGAGUGUUUUUAGGCAUGCCAGGAACGUGGGCAGGUCAUAUGCAUGAAGCUGCUGACCAUUAUACAACAAAAAUCGGUGGACUUCCUGAUUGGCCUAUUCCUCUUCCUUCAACAAGUGUUGAUUUAUUCAAAUGCAGUGCUUGUAAAAGCGAUUUGUCUCUUCUUGCACAGGUUUAUGCCCCAAUCGCAAAAAAAAAAUUGAACAUUGAAGAGCGUGUAAUCUAUGUUUUUGGCUGUUUGAUGCCAGAAUGUGGGAGCACUACUGUAAGCUGGAGAGCUAUUAGAAUCCAAAAGUCUGUAAGUAGUGAAGGUUUAAAGAGCCAGUCUGAUAAGGUUGUCUCCUCGCCUGCAUCUUCUGUAUCAGAUUCAAAGGAAGAAUUGAAGAAGGAUAUAUCUUCAUUUGACUCUUUGGAAGAGGAUGAUGAUGAAGAUGACGAUGACAUAGACCUUGCUGAGUUGGGUAGAGCACUUUCUGAAGCUGCAAGCCUAGCUUCUCAGUCCAAGAAACAAAACCAUGGUCGUAAAUUAACUGCCAAAACUUCAUCCCCUGUCUGUGCAGCCAGAGUAAUUGAUAAAAAGUUACCAGUGAUUCCUUGCUUCUAUAUAUAUGCUGAGGAAGAGAAAUUUUCCAAGAAAGAUGCUUCUGUCUGUUCAAAAGACAUCUCAUCUCCAAUCAUGGACCAUGAAAGUGAUCCUGAUACUCAAGAAGAAACAUGGGAGGUGGAAGAUUAUGAGUACGAUAGGGCAUUGAGUGCUGACAGGGUUUACCUUAAGUUCAAAAAGCGAGUAGAUGCAUAUCCAGAACAAUGCUUCAGGGUCUAUUUCCGACUCAGAGGAAGAUCAUAUUACAUCACAGAAUCGAGAUCUAAAGCAGAGACGUGGUUUGACUGGAUUGGAAGUGCGAGGUACCAUAUGAGCAGGUUGGUGCUGAGCAAAGGAACUCUGUUUUGGAUCUGUUAAAGAAUCAGGGAAGCUUCAGAAAAUAGGAGGAAGACAUUCAAAACUUUGUGCAAUCCAACAAAGCAGGGAGAAAGGAGGUAUGGGGUCAGAAACUUGAAGCUUCAAAACAAUAGCUUGCUCAAGAAAUGGUUAUGGAGGUAUAAUGAGGAGGGACAAACUCUUUGGAAGGAUGUGAUCCAACAGAUAUAUGGCAGAGUGGACAUCGGUGCUUUGAUGUAGUCACAAACACUUUUGGAGUUGGAGUUUGGAGAACUAUCAGGUCCAUAUGGACUCCCCUGAUGAGGAACAUAAGCUACAUGUGGGCAAUGGAAGAAAGAUAUUCUUCGGAAAGACAAUUCAGAUAGGCAAGGAUCAUUACAGGAGGUCUUUCCUAGUCUAUUCUCUAUCUGCACCAAUUCAGAUACAAUAGAUGAGAUUUGGUCAGCACAGAGAUGAGAAGUGGAAAGGGCGGUUGAAACUACUAGAAAGGGUUGGAAAUUUUAUAGGGACAACCACUGCUCCUGACACCAUCGGAUGGAACACAAUGAAGACGGACGUCUCUCAGUAAAUAGAGUGUACAACUAUACAAGAGGGGCUUAUCUGAGAUGACAGGAAGGUCUAAAGGCCCCUGGAAAGCUAUAUGGAAAAGCAUGACAGCAGCAAAGAUGAAAUGCUUUUCAUGGUUGGUAGUGAAGAAAGCAUGUCUCACUCAUGAAGCACCUCAGAGGAGGAAAAUUCAGAUAGCACCUAGAUGCUCUUUAUGUAUGGAGGCUUAUUCCUUCACUACAAGGUAACAUCUCAAAUCUGGGCACUAUUUAUUUGUCUGACUAGGGAGGAUUGGACAAUGCCAGAGCAUACCGCAAACUUACUGAGUUGCUGUAUCAGAAGGGGUGGGAGUAAAGAGUGAAAAAAAUGUGGUGAAAAACUGCACCAACAUGCAUUCAGUGGAACAUAUGGAAGGAGUGAAAGGAAAGGAUUUUUGAAGGCAGAUCUAAUUCCAUACAAAAGAUCAAAUGGAGAGGUCUUACCUCUAUGUUUUUGUUGCAAAGAACAAUGUAUAGAUGAUGAGGUACAAAUAGUGCACUUCUUAGGAGCUUUGAAAUUAUUUUUUCCUACUAAUCACACAUUUUUAGAGGUGGCUAGCAUACCCUGAGGAAUACAUGUUACCAGUUUCAAAAAAUAAAAUUAAUCAAAGUAAAGCAAAUGAAAAUAAGUAAAUUGAAAAAGUAGGCGGACACAAUAAUCUUUAUACUGGAUCCUCAGAUUGGUCAGCCUUACGGCAAUUUCAAAAUCUCGAGGCUGACCCCCAAAUUACCUACAUCCCCUCCCCUGCCUAUAGUAUUGCUUCACAGAAUUCAGUCGAUUA